AUGGCACUGCGCACCGGGAGGACUUGGUUUGGGCAGGUCUUGCGCAGGGUCUCUCGGCUGCAGGGCUCCUGGUCCAGGCGAUCGAGCAGUCUCUUGUGUCUCUCCGCGAAUCAGGAGCAGGAUUUCGGGUUCUGUGGCCGGGAUAACCGCAAAGGAGGGAAUAUCCAUCGCUGCUCCGACUCCGGCGCCCUCCGCGGCCACCCUCACCGGAGCGCACCUUUCUGCGCCUCCGCCUCCAGGCGCUGCUCACACGGCUUCCCCCUCGCUUGCUGCGCCUUCCCGGGGAACCCGAGGGGACAUGAACCCCUCGGUCGCCGGUUCCUGUUGGCCAUGAAGCGGCAAAACGUGCGGACCUUGUCCCUGAUCAUUUGCACGUUUACAUACCUGCUCGUCGGGGCCGCCGUCUUUGACGCUCUGGAGUCCGACUUCGAGAUGCGGGAGAAGGAGCAGCUGGAAGCCGAGGAGAAGCGUCUCCAGGGGAAAUAUAACAUCAGCGAGGCUGAUUACCGCAAACUGGAGACCAUCAUCAUGGAGGCAGAGCCCCACAGAGCCGGGGUGCAGUGGAAAUUUGCAGGGUCAUUUUACUUUGCCAUCACGGUUAUAACCACUAUAGGUUAUGGGCAUGCAGCGCCGGGGACCGACGCAGGGAAGGCUUUUUGCAUGUUUUAUGCUGUCCUGGGAAUCCCGUUGACUCUUGUCAUGUUCCAAAGUCUGGGUGAGAGGAUGAACACUUUUGUCAAGUACCUCCUGAAACGCAUCAAGAAGUGCUGCGGCAUGAGCAUCACCGACGUGUCCAUGGAGAACAUGGUGACCGUGGGAUUCUUCUCCUGCAUUGGCACGCUGUGCAUAGGAGCGGCUGCCUUCUCCCAUUACGAGGACUGGAGCUUCUUCCAGUCUUAUUAUUACUGCUUCAUCACAUUAACAACUAUAGGCUUUGGGGACUUUGUGGCCCUCCAAAAGAACCGGGCCCUCCAGAAGAAACCGCUGUAUGUGGCCUUUAGCUUCAUGUACAUCCUGGUGGGCCUGACAGUCAUUGGAGCCUUCCUCAACCUGGUCGUGCUCCGAUUCCUGACUAUGAACAGUGAGGACGAGAGGCGGGAUGCGGAGGAACGGGCCUCGCUUGCGGGCAACCGGAACAGCAUGAUCAUCCACAUCCAGGACGAGUCGAUGCCGCGUGGCCGGCAACGACGCGAGCCAUACAGGGCAGAGGUGACUGAUUUGCAGUCAGUCUGUUCCUGUAUGCACUACCACUCGCAUGACUUCGGCAGCUCUGGGGGAGGGAUGGGAGGUCUGGGAUGUGCCUUCUCCCAUCAGAACUCAUUCAGCUCACAGCUGAACCCCAAUCAGUACUUUCACUCAGUUUCCUACAGGAUCGAGGAGAUCUCGCCCAGCACCUUGAAAAACAGCUUCUUCCCUUCGCCCAUCAGCUCGGUGUCUCCAGGCCUUCACAGCUUCACAGACAAUCACCAGCUCAUGAGGAGAAGGAAAUCUAUCUGAAC